CACUCCAUUUCCCGUCGAUCUGGCAGCUCUGCCAAAACAAGCGUGCAAGUAUUUCGACCUGUGCAGUUUUUAUCCAAAAAACCGAAAUAAUGAGCGACAGCGAAGCGGAAGACACUAAAGUUAGCACGGAGCCGGUGGACAAUGCGUGGGCCAUGAAGAUCCCGGCUUUCAAGCAGGAGGACAACCCGCACGGCAUGGUGGAAGAGAGCUCCUUCGCCACGCUGUUCCCCAAAUACCGGGAGCGAUAUCUCAAGGAGGUCUGGCCCCUGGUGGAGCAGUGCCUGGAGGAGCACCACCUAAAGGCGGAACUGGACCUGAUGGAGGGCAGCAUGGUGGUGAAGACCAGUCGUAAGACCUGGGACCCCUACAUCAUUAUCAAGGCGAGGGACAUGAUCAAGCUGAUGGCCAGGAGUGUGCCCUUUGAGCAGGCCAAGCGGGUCCUGCAGGAUGACAUUGGGUGCGACAUCAUCAAAAUCGGCAAUCUAGUCCACAAGAAGGAGAAGUUCGUGAAGCGGCGCCAGCGUUUGAUAGGGCCCAACGGAGCCACCCUGAAGUCCAUCGAACUGCUUACCGACUGCUAUGUUCUGGUACAAGGAAACACCGUCUCCGCCUUGGGUCCAUACAAGGGCCUCCAGCAGGUGCGGGAUAUUGUCCUGGAAACAAUGAACAAUGUGCAUCCCAUAUACAACAUCAAGGCCCUGAUGAUCAAGCGCGAGCUGAUGAAGGAUCCCCGCCUGGCCAACGAGGAUUGGUCUAGGUUCCUGCCGAAGUUCAAGAACAAGAACAUCAGCAAACGCAAGCAGCCGAAGGUGAAGAAGCAGAAGAAGGAGUACACUCCAUUCCCGCCCAGCCAGCCGGAGAGCAAGGUGGACAAGCAGUUGGCCAGCGGAGAGUACUUCCUCAACCAGGAGCAGAAGCAGGCCAAGCGGAACCAGGAGCGCACCGAAAAGCAGAAGGAGGCGGCCAAGCGCCAGGGCGAGCGCCGCAACAAGGACUUUGUGCCGCCCACGGAGGAGUCUGCAUCUUCGAAUCGGAAGAAGGAGGAUGCCUCCUCCACGAGCAAGGUGGACGUGAAGGCCCUCAAGGCCAAGCUGAUCAAGGCCAACAAGAAGGCGAGGAGCUGAUAGUUUUCAUAGUUUUAAUUAGCCAUAGGAUUAUUCAAUAAAACCGAUUAUGUGAGCAAGGAAAUAGAAAUUGAAAUCGAA